AUUGGUCCAAUUCGCGAUUGGUCCAAAGAUGCAAAAAAUGUCCAAUUCGCGGUUGGUCCAAUUCGCGGUUAGUCCAAUUCUCGGUUGGUCCAAUUCGCGUUUGGUCCAAUUCGCAGUUGGUCCAAUUCGCGAUAGGUCCAAUUCGCGAUUGGUCCAAAAUCUUAUUUUUUAAAUACAUAAAUGGGAAAUCACACAGGAUUGAACUAGCCCCAAAGUAAGAGAGACUUGUGUUAUGGGAUACUAACUCAACGAUACUAUAUUUUAUAACAAAUACAUUUAUAGAUAAACAUCCAAGAACCAGGCCAAUCUGGAAAAGAUCAUUUUCCAUCUUGACCCGACCGGGGAUCGAACCCGGGACCCCGUGGUUCAGAGGCAAGGUCUUUCCCACUGCGCCACGGCGGUCGUCAAAAAAUAUUUUUAUAAACAAUAUUAAAAUAAAUUUACGUUAGAACAAAACAUAAAUAUUAUAAAAAUAAAUGUAUAUUUUAAUGUAAUAUAAUUUAAAAAAAUAUUUAAUGAAAUGGUUAUUAAAUUAUUAUAUCGGUUGCUCGAUUGUUAAAACAAAACGCAUAGGAAUAUAAUCGUCAUUGAGGGUAGGUAGUAAAAAAAAUCGUAUUUGUCAUAACAAAUCUGUCAUGUUACGUGCGGUUUUGCAAUGGGGUAUUAGUCGUUGCAUUUGAGCUCCAUACUUGAAAAUUUGCAAAUUCAGUAUAAAAUGGACGGAACAAAGAAUGAACAGUUUGAAUUUAUUCAAAACAAACGUGGUAAUGACACACUGCUUUAUAAGAGACACCGGUAUAAUCUAAAUAUAAUUAAUACAAACGGCAGUUCGUUGUGGAGGUGUAACAAAAGAAAAAUAUGUAGUGCUACUGUAACCAUAGAUUCAACAAGGAAAACUAUUUUAAGGAAAUCUAAAACAGGACAUACAUGUGGUGAGUCUGAUUGCACUAAUAAAUUAGCAAAGUUAAUUUCAUCAUUAAAGAAAGCGGUAUGCAAUGAUUUAGGCCCAGUGCAAAAUAUAUUUGAAGAAAAGACUCAAAAUUUAAAUCCCAGGUUUAUUCCCAAAUUUAGAACGAUAAAGGAUUCAUUAUACAGAGCUCGAAAGAAAUAUUUGAAAACCAAUUUAUUGAAUUGUAACAACACAAAACAAUUGAAAUUACCAGAAGCAUUUACAAAUAUUUUUUUGUUGAUUGAAGAUAGAUGUGAAGACGAAGAAAAAAUUUUUAUAUUUGGGACAAGGUUAGGUAGAAAAAUUGCUAAGAACCAUGAAAGUUAUUUUGCAGAUGGUACUUUUAAAACAGUUCCAAAGCCGUUUUACCAGCUUUACGUGCUACAUUUAGAUUUAAAUUCUACGAAAACGAAGACAAAUAUUAUACCUGUUUUUUAUACGCUGUUACCCAAUAAAAAAGAAAAAACUUACCUACGUGUUUUCGCAUUAUUAAAGGAAAAAUUGGGUAUCAACGUCAAAUCUUUUAAAUGCGAUUAUGAGAAGGCGCAAAUGAACGCCGUUUCAGCUGUCUUCCCUCAGGCAAAAAUAAGUGGAUGCUACCAUCACUUUAAUGACGCCAUAUGGAGAUACUCCAAAAAGAUUAAAUUAAAUAGAAAUAGAGAGGGUCGAAAUAUUACUAGAAAGGCAUCGGUGAUUCCUCUUUUUCCAGCUAGUCGCAUUCCGGAAGCUUGGAGAUAUAUAUUAGAAUCUUCUUCAGACAACGAAAAAUUUAUCAAAUUUCGCAAGUAUUUUGAGAUGGAGUGGUACCCAAGACUCACCAAACAUAUUAAGCUGCGCUCAUCAGCGCCAUAGAACAACCAAUGCUUUAGAGGGCUGGCAUUCUCGGCUGAAUCGACGCAUUUCUAAAAAACCCAAUUUGUUUUGGUUUCUUUACAAACUGCGAAAAGAAAGUCAAUAUUAUGAUAAAAAAAUAACACAAAGUUUAUUCAAAAACGUAAAUAACAAAAGGAGAAGUUGUGACAUUCUAUUUGAUAAAAAAUAUGAAAAAUUACUCAAAAGCCUAGAAAAUGGAACAAUAACAGUUGAUGUUUUUUUUCAAAAAGUUAUCUAUUUACGAUUGUCAUUAUAUAAAAAUUGAUAAAAAGUUAUGUUAAAGCAUGUUCUUUUUAUUUUUGUUUGAAUGUAUUUUCUAGUGCCAUAAAUAAGUCUGUCUUAUUUUUUUCUUCCUUUUUUUAGUAAUAAGUAAGAAAAAAAUUUUGUUAUAUUAUCUUUAAGGUUAAUUUUCUUAACAUACUUUUGAUUUGAUAUGUAUAAUGUAUACAUAAAUAUGGUAA